GCUGCCACUGGGGCGUUUUUUAUCCCGGACGAAUGGCUCCAGGACCUUGCGGACGAUGAGGUGCUCCGCCAUUUCUCGUUGGUCCAGGCCAGCACCAUGACGCAGCCAAUAGACAUACAUAGUCUUGCCAUCCAGAUCCCGAACUGUUGGGACGAUUUCCAGACGAUUCUCACCAAGCUCGCCUUCAACUCCUCCGCCUCCAACCCAUGGAAUAUAUUCGGCUUCGGUCCCCUAGACGGCCCGGAGCCGACGGAGCAGUGCAUCGUCACCCGCACGCGCACCGCGACUAUUUUAUGUUCGCUAGCUUCGGAGUCUACUUGGCCGCAGGUGGAUAAAGACAGCGCGUCGGCGGCCGCCGCUACCUUCUCUGAG